AUGGAGAGGCCGAAGACACAAAAGGACAUUCAAAGUCUUACCGGACGUGUCGCUGCCUUAACUCCCUUCAUCUCCAAAGCCACCGAUAAAUGUGUACCAUUCUUUAAAGCCUUGAAAGAGGGCAAGCAUCAUGUUGCAUGGACUGCCGAAUGCGAUGAGGCAUGUCAAAACUUAAAGAACUACAUGAGCAAGGCACCCCUGCUGUCAAAACCCCUCCCAGGGGAGGUUCUGUUUCUUUACCUUUCGGUAUCUAAUAUUGUCGUCAGCUCAGUUUUAAUACGCAAACUAGAGAAGGCAGAACUACCGAUCUUCUACGUCAGUAAAGCACUGCAAAGUGCAAAGCUUCGGUACCCUCCCCUAGAACAGCUGGCCCUGGCUCUCGUUGUCUCAACCCGAAGACUCCGUCUGUACUUCCAAGCGCAUGAAAUCAUGGUCUUAACCAACCAAUCGCUUCGGCAGGGACAUGCCAUCGUUGAUUUCAUCUCCGAGCUCACACCUCCAAUAACACUAGAGCCAGCAUAUUCACAAACUAAUGCCGAAGAGCCUGGGGUGCCGAUCGAUGGUUCGGCAAAUCAGCAAGGGUGCGGAGCUGGCCUUGUACUUACUGCUCCAGAUGUGGUCAAGAUGGAAUAUGCCCUCCGAUUCAGCUUUCAGACGUCCAACAACGAAGCAUAG